AUGCUGCCGUACCUGUUCCCCGAUCUGUCCACCUUUACUACAGUCGCCGAUCUUAUCACCCACCUUCGCACUAGUGAUGCUCGCCUGCGUGCCGCCCUUCCCACCGAGUUCUGCGCUAAGAACCCCCCUCCACUGUACUGGACACUCCACUUCAUAGUCACCCGUCUCCCUGACACCCUCCGCUCAGUUCGAGACCACUUCCUUGCUCGCUGUCCCACUGAGCUCACAGUCGCCCUCCUAGAGGAGCACCUGCUCGCGGCCGAAAAGAGCAUUGUAGCUGUCGGUGCUGCUCGUGGCGCUCCUCGCACCCCCAUCUUUGAGGGGUGUUCUCCCUCUCCCCUCGCUCCCUCCUACGCUGCUGCUGCUGCUGUUGACUUCCUUGGUGCUGAGUCUGUUGGCGCUGCUUCUACUCCUGGUGGGAGGCGCCGCACCGGCAAGGGCAAGGGGGGCAAAAGUGGUGGUGGUGGCGCUGGGGGGGGAGGAGGUGGGGGAGGUGGGGGGGGAGGCGGUGCUGGAGGGAGCGGUGGCGGGAGCGCUGGUGGGAGUGGGGUCGGUGGUGGAGACGGGGGCGGCGGAGGAAGCAGUGGCAGUAGUGGCGGCGGCGGCGGUGGCGGCGGUGGCGGCGGUGGCGGUGGUGGCGGUGGUGGCGGUGGCGGUCGGAGCGGUGGUAGUGGUGGCGGCGGAGGUCGGAGUGGAGGCACUGGCUCGGGCCAGAGCUCCCAGCAGCAGCAGCGUCCCCAGACGACCCAGCAGCUUCGUGAGUGGCUUGCUCAGCGUGGGACGUCGGGGGCCAGUGCCCGCUGUUCUUAUGUCAUUCGCACAGGUGACCGCAAGGGACAGACGUGUGGGAGGUUCCACACCCCGUACCGCUGCUUCUCCCGCCUUGACGACGCUUGGCGUGAGGAGAUGGGUGCGGAUGUUGAGCGCCCCCGCUGGGCUGAGCUCAUGAGGGCUGGUGUUGAUGUCUUUGCUCUUGACUAUGAUGCUAUUAUUGCUGCCAUUCCUUGCCCAGUCCACCACUGUCCUCCCUUGUCCGGCGGUUCCGUCUGGCUCGUUGUCGGGUUUCCACCUCCCCUCGUUCUCGACGAACCUGGUGAGCAACGCUGUCCUCCAGGAUCAGUGGGUUGA